AUGCCAGCUUCCCCUUCUUUCCCUUCUUCAGAUGGUAGGGGCAAAUGGAAAAGGCGAAAGCGAGGAGAUUCUCAAAUCGCACGAAAACCACCAAAGCACCACCACCAAGAAGAACCAGAAGAACCCGAAGACGAAGACGAUGCCGUUGAGGCAGACGACAAUAAUAACAACGUCAUCGACAGAGAGGAUUCCGAAGACCCCAACCCAAAUCAACAACCCAACGGACCCGAUCCAAACCCUCAAGAGACCGAGGUUCUAAUUGAUGGUGGGAUCCGCAUAUGCGAUUUCCCUCCGGUCACGAGGCUUGCUGUGAACCGCCCUCACGCGUCAGUGAUGGCGAUUGUGGCAGCUGAGAGGGCGAAUUCGGCUGGUGAAAGUAGUAACAGAGGGCAAUUAGUGGUGAAUUUGGAGAAUGUAUCGUACGGGCAGCUGCAGGCGGUGUCUGCUGUGACAGCGGACAGUGUUGGGAGUGAUUUGGAGAGGAGUGAUGGAGGGAAUUCGGGGUAUGUAGUGACGCCGCCGCAGAUUAUGGAUGGAACGGGUGUAGUGAAGAGGUUUUGGAGUAGAGUUCAUGUGGUUCCUAUGCAUUCAGAUUGGUUUUCUCCGGUCUCGGUAAAUCGACUGGAGAGACAAGUGGUGCCGCAUUUUUUCUCUGGAAAAUCUUCAGAUCACACACCAGAGAAAUACAUGGAGUGUAGAAACCGCAUCGUUGCUAAAUACAUGGAGAAUCCAGAAAAGAGGCUGACAGUUUCUGAUUGUGAGGGAUUCAUAGUCGGUGUUGAUAAUGAAGAUUUAACUCGAAUUUUUAGAUUUCUUGAUCAUUGGGGAAUUAUCAACUACUGUGCAGCUCCACCAAGUUGUGAAUCUUGGAAUGGGGGGUCCUAUUUAAGGGAGGAUCCAAAUGGUGAGGUUCAUGUGCCGUCAGCUGCUUUAAAGUCUAUUGAUAGUUUGAUCCAAUUUGACAAGCCCAAAUGUAGGCUCAAGGCAGCUGAUGUUUAUUCAUCAUUGUUCAGUCAUGAUGAUGAUUUCUCUGACCUGGACAACAGAAUUCGAGAGUGCUUAUCUGAAAAUCGUUGCAAUUAUUGUUCUCAGUCUCUUCCCUCGGUUUGCUACCAGUCACAAAAGGAGGUUGAUAUACUGUUAUGCUCUGACUGCUUUCACGAGGGGAGAUUUGUAACUGGCCAUUCAAGCUUGGAUUUUAUUAAGGUGGAUUCAACAAAAGAUUAUGGUGACAUAGAUGGGGAAAAUUGGAGUGAUCAGGAAACAUUACUGCUACUUGAGGCAAUGGAAAUUUACAACGAGAACUGGAAUGAAAUUGCAGAGCAUGUUGGCACCAAGUCAAAAGCUCAAUGCAUCCUCCACUUUCUCCGUCUGCCUGUGGAGGAUGGCCUGUUGGAAAAUAUUGAAGUUCCAAGCAUGUCCAAGUCACUCAGUUCAUCAAAUAGAGAUGAUCACAGAAGACCACAUGCAAGUUCAAAUGGAUCCUGCCUCCAAGGUGCUGAUGCUGAAAACAGGCUCCCUUUUGCGAAUUCUGGCAAUCCAGUUAUGGCAUUGGUUGCUUUUCUGGCCUCUGCUGUUGGACCAAGAGUUGCUGCAGCCUGUGCUCAUGCAUCUUUGGCAGCAUUGUCUGAGGAUAACAGGAUAAGUUCGGAUAGAUUACAUGGUAGAGAAGGCGGUUUUCAUGGAGAAAUCGCAAAUUCAGUUCAACAAAAAGAAGAUAGCCAGCAUGGCUCACGGGGUCAAAAUGGGGCUGAGGUGGCUCCUUUGUCUGCUGAAAAAGUUAAAGCUGCUGCCAAAGCUGGCCUUGCUGCUGCAGCAACAAAGGCUAAACUGUUUGCCGAUCAUGAAGAGAGGGAAAUUCAGAGGCUAUCUGCUAAUAUAAUAAACCAUCAGUUGAAGAGAUUGGAGCUUAAGCUGAAGCAGUUUGCGGAAGUGGAAACCUUUCUAAUGAGAGAGUGUGAGCAAGUAGAGAAGACAAGGCAGAGGUUUGCAGCUGAGCGGGCCCGCAUGCUAUCUACCCGGGUAGGACCUACAGGAGCCACUUCACAAAUGAACCCAGCAGGCGUUGCUCCUUCAAUGGUUAACAAUAAUGUUGGCAACAAUAGGCAGCAGGUGAUGCCUUCCUCCUCUUCACAGCCAAGCAUUUCAGGAUAUGGCAACACUAACCCAGCCCAUCCACACAACAAUCAACAAGUCCAUCCUCACAUGUCAUAUAUGCAAAGGGGACAGCCACAGAACAUGUUUCCGUUAGGGCCAAGGCUGCCCCUGGCAGCUAUACAGCCAUCCUCAUCAGCUCAGUCAAAUGUCAUGUACAAUGCCUCUGGAAAUUCACAGCCUAACCUCAAUCAAAUGCUGAGGUCUGUGUCAGGCCCUAGCUCUGGUUUAGGUUGA